AUGUACACAAAAUCUGGAAAAGUUUUAGAAUCAACAUACAGCCAUGAUAUAAUGGACCCAAUGGAAAAAUUUAUUCUUUGGGACCUAUGUGAAAUCUCACAUCAAUGGGAUAGUAGCACAAGUCAGGCAACUAAAGUAAGAAAUGGGUCUGUUAUUGGUCCUAACAGAAAACCAGACAUUCAUAUUUUUUAUGAUGGCAAAAUACUAGAUUGGGAGUUAUUAUUUGGGGAAAUAUCAUAUGGCCCCGGAAAAUCCGAUGUUGCUCAAUUAGUUCAUAUAAAUGAUGAUCACAAGAAAUUAAUGAAAUUUUGUAGAUUCGUGGGAUAA